AAUACAAUAGAGUUGGUGUGAACUACAACAAUAUUUGUAUAUUAUCCGCACACGUCAUCACCAAUUGUGGCUAUGUCAGGCAUGACUCCGAGGCAAGAAUCUGGAGGUGCAACUCUUCAAGUUUAUAAUAAUGAAAUGAUAAAAUGCAUUGACGAUCUCUGUAACAAACGGGACGAUUUGAAUCGCCAAAUAGAAGAAGAUAACGAAGAAAAAGCCAGACUUCAUAAUGAUAUUCGAAUUUUAACAGACAGGCUAGCGAAAUUGAAUGAAGAGAUUGCUCAGAGAAUGUCAUCAAGAAAUGAGUUCGAUCGCACGAUAGCUGAAGCUCAGGCAGCCUAUACACGAAUAAUGGAUACAUCUCAGACUCUAUUACACAGCGUUCAAAGUGCAGCAGUGGAGUUAAAAAUGAAAGAAACUGUUGCAUCUAGCAAUGAAGCCAUGCUACGACUUCCCAAAACCGGACCUAAGCGUGACUUGGUUGCACGAAAAUAAAUUGAAUUAUUUAAAUAAUAUUUUUUGCAUUCUCUGUAUAGUAUAGCCCAUAUUUUAGGAGUGAGAUGACUUGUUACUUCGUUAACAUUCAGUCGGUUAUUUCAACCACGUGAUCCAACAUGUCCGUUGUAUGAUAAGAAUUAACUUUUUGGCCCAAUAAUAAUUCCGAAGAGAGGAAAAACAUUAAUGUGAUUUAGCCAUAUGCGGUACCACGGCCCCUCGUCAGCCAAUUUCUUUUAUACCCCGUUACGCGUGGCAAGUGCCGGGAAAUCUCCAAUUUUAUUCUUCCAUUUUGUGAAUAUAAUUUUAAACUAUAGAAUGUUCAACCUUAAUAUUUACUGAAAUUGUAAAUCUUAAACAUAAUAGCGCGAAGGGGGGAGUUGACUUUGAUGACCGUCCGGUCGUAUCUCUCCCUCCUGUCUAUACCAAACUAAUUCAUUACUUGUUAUUAUUACGAUGACAGUUGUUUUAU